AUGGAAGACUUCGACAGGAUGGUAAUUGAGAGCGCAUCCACACCCACUCCACCUGAAGGUGCAUUCGUGUGGCCAACCGAUAUGACGAAGCCAAUCACUCCCUUCUUUGCACCUAAAUCUACAUACGUUGCUAUAUCCCACGUGUGGUCAGAUGGCACGGGUGUGGGCUUGCGAGAGCCUGGAAGGGUCAAGGAAUGCCUCUAUCGGGGAUUUGCGAUCGUCGCGGCAGGGUAUGGCUACAAAGGAUUCUGGUGGGAUACAAUCUGCGUCCCAAGAGAUCGUAGGGCAAAAGAUGUCAUGCUCAAGAAUAUGCAUCUGAACUACAAAUACGCAGCAUUUACCCUUGUUCAUGAGUAUCUGUGUCAGUUCCCACGGAGGCAAGAUGGCACCCCUGCUAUCGGUCUUGUUCUAUCGCCAUGGUUCACACAUGGCUGGACUGCUUUGGAGCUAGCCAUGUCCAACAAGGUUUGA